AGUGAUUGGAGAUUGGGACAAGGUGGAUUAUCAUAUUUGUACCUACAACAAUUAUUCCCACUAAUGAUGCGCAUGGUGGAUAGCCUCUAUUUUGUCUCUAUUUGCUCAGUCAAAGUCGUGAUCCACCUGCAGCUCAUGAAAAACAGUAUGGAGCCACACGGCGAUUAGACCUUUGGAUCGGAAAACCACUGAGAAACAAUGAGUAUCCACAACGAUGAUGUCGAUUUGCUCAACGAGCACAACGAACACCCCGCGGGGCUCCUCCUUGAGGGAUAUGAGGAGAGCGCCAACACCCCCGCGGGGCUCCUUUUUGAGGGUUAUGAGGAGAAUACCAAUGCCCCGCGAAAAUGUCUCCACAUAUCCCCUCGUUCUCCUGCGUGGGGAAUGGAGAAGGCCCGAAUUUUCAUCAGGUGGAUUUUGUAUAUGAGGUCUCACCUCCCCAGCAUUUGUCACAAGAGCAAGCAAUUUUCACCGCCGGUCUCAAAGAAACAGCUUCAUCAUGGCGUCAAUCCCAGAGAAGGAUCCCCACUGGAUGGCUCCCGAGUUCACCAAGCCGGGACAAGAUUUUGAGCACGACGACCACGUCAACCUGCACGAAGAUGUCGACACCCUCAUCGCGCAGAUGGAGACGGAGAUCGAAGCCGCAGGUCCGCAAAAGGACAUGUUCGCAAUCAACUUCAAGGACCCCAAGCACUUCACCUACUUCCUCGUCGUCUUCGCCUCCAUGGGCGGUCUCCUCUCCGGCCUCGAUCAAUCCCUCAUCUCGGGCGCAAACCUGUAUCUCCCCAAGGACCUCGGGCUCGAUUCCAAGCAGUCGAGUUUGGUCAACGCCGGUAUGCCGCUUGGAGCUGUCAUCGGAGCGUUCUUGAUUUCGCCUUGUAACGAGUACCUCGGGCGUAGGAUAUCGAUUCUCAUCGCUUGUGUGCUGUAUACGGUUGGUGCUGCGCUGUGCGCCGGCGCGAUCGACUUCCCCAUGCUGGUUGUGGCGCGUUUGAUUCUCGGGUCUGGUGUUGGACUUGAGGGCGGAACUGUACCUGUUUAUGUUGCUGAGACUGUUGAGAGGAGGUUGCGUGGUAACCUCGUCUCCCUGUACCAACUUAUGAUUGCACUUGGUGAAGUCCUCGGAUACGCUGUUGGUGCGAUCUUCUUGGGACUCCCAGGGAACUGGCGCUACAUUCUCGGAUCCUCCGUCGUCUUCUCUACAAUCAUGGGAAUUGGCACGCUCUACGUCCCCGAAUCCCCCCGCUGGCUCAUGCACAAAGGCGACUACCUCAACGCCUUCCGGGUGUGGAAACGCAUCCGCGGCACCGCAACGCGCGAAUCCCGCGAGGAAUUCUACGAGAUGAAGUCCUCCCUCGAAUUCGAAGUCCUCCAAGUGCAAGAAGGCCGCACCAAGCGCUUCCCCUGGAUGGACCUCUUCACCAACCCACGCGCGCGUCGCGCUCUCGUCUACGCGAACAUGAUGAUCUUCCUGGGGCAGUUCACGGGGAUCAACGCGGUUAUGUAUUUCAUGUCCGUCCUCAUGGGGUCGAUUGGAUUCGAUGAUACGCAGGCGAAUUAUAUGUCUCUGGUUGGAGGGGGGGCGCUGCUGCUGGGGACUAUUCCGGCGGUGUUUUAUAUGGAGCUUUGUGGACGCAGGUUUUGGGCGCUUGCUAUGUUGCCUGGUUUCUUCACGGGGCUCAUUCUCGUGGGUGUUAGCUAUAACUUCGACCCUGCCGUUGAUACGGUUCUGGUGCAAGGCCUGUAUCUGACGGGUCUGGUCAUCUACAUGGCCUUCUUCGGCUGCUACGCCACUCUAACCUGGGUCGUUCCCUCGGAAGUCUACCCCACCUACCUACGCUCCUACGGCAUGACCGUGUCCAGCGCGUGGAUGUUCCUGUCCAGCUUCAUCGUGACCUACAACUUCACUGGCAUGUUCCAGGCCUUCACGGGCAUCGGGCUGUGUCUGGGGUUCUACGGGGGUAUCGCGGUGGUGGGGUGGUUUUACCAGUUGUUGUUCAUGCCGGAGACGAAGAAUAAGACGCUCGAGGAGAUUGAUCUUAUUUUCGAGAGGCCGACGAUGGUUAUUGUGAAGGAGAAUAUUAAGAAUAGUCGCGCGACGUGUAAGGAUCUCUUGAGGGGGAGGUUUAGGAAGGUGGCGACGGAGACGCAGAGGGUUGUUUAGUUGUGUUGAGCUGUUGUUUGUGGCGUCGGGGGCGGUGUUUGAGUAACCAUCCUCAUCCGGAACCAAAAAUAAAUAUCGAUGAUAAAAUCGAUAAAAAUCACAAAA